AUGGGCCUAAUAAGGAUAUCAUGGGUACUAACAUUAGCCUUGUCAACAACAGUUGUAUCAGCCAUGCCACCAUCACUGCCCAGCUCACAGAUGGCUUAUCAGGCUCAAAAUUAUGGUGAGUUACUGUAGUUUUUAAUUUUUUUUGCUUUGAAAGUAAAUUUUUACCGUUUUUAUCUAAAAAAUAACUUUUUUGGUUUUGCAGCCUGCGGGUGACAAGUUAUACGAUAAAUGAUAAAUUUUGUUGUUUUAAGCCUUGUAAAGCAAGUUCUUGCCAUUUUUUGUUUUGUAAAGGAAGUUCUUGCUAUUUUAAGUGUUGUAAAGAAAUUUCUUUCCAUUCUGUGUUUUGUAAAGAAAGUUCUUUCCAUUCUGUGUUUUGUAAAGAAAGUUCUUUCCAUUCUGUGUUUUGUAAAGAAAGUUCUUUCCAUUCUGUGUUUUGUAAAGAAAGUUCUUGCCAUUUUUUGUUUUGUAAAGGAAGUUCUUGCCAUUUUUUCAAAAAUUUCAAAAAAAUUGUUUUUUAGAAAACGCAGCUCCAGCCUGGUACCAAAUGCCAGAAAGACAACAAGAAAACACAUUCACCAACAACCGGUCGCCCUAUGGUCCGCAACCUGACAAACACACAUUCAUUCCAGUUCCAUCACCUUUCGAACUGCCUCGACCCAAAACACCGCUGGAAAUGGCCAAUGGGCAUAUUGUGGACGCGGCUCAGGAGGUUGGUUUGGUUUCCAAUAUUAUCUAUAUUCUUAUUGUCUACAUACUGUCUUUGCGGCUAAAAAAAAACAAAAUUUGGCGCUUUGCGGCCUGCGGGUGACAAGUUAUACGAUAAAUAUAAAAAAUGCGAUUUUUUGCUAUUUAUGUAAAGAAAGUUCUUGCCGUUUUUGGGUUUGUAAAUAAAGUCCUUGCCGUUUUUGGGUUUUAUAAAGAAAGUUUUUGAUAUUUCGUUUUGUAAACAAAGUUUUUGGCAUUUUUUUCAUUUGUAAAGAAAUUGUUUGCCAUUUUGCGCUAAUAUCAACAAUUUUGCGCUUGGCAGCCUGCGGAUGAAAAGUUAUACGAUAAAACCAAAUUUAGCUCAUGUAUUAAAAACUAUUGCCAUUUUUUGUUCUGUAAUGAAAGUUCUUGCCAUUUUAUGAUCUGUAAAGAAAAUUAUUGUCAUUUUUGCGCCAAAAUCAACAAUUUUUGGGAUUCGGCAGCCUGCGGGUGACAAGUUAUACGAUAAAACGUCAAUUGGGUCUUUCUAAUGAAAACUAAUGUCAUUUUUUGACGUGUAAAGAAAGUGCUUGCCAUUUUUUGUUUUGUAAAGAAAGUUCUUGCUAUUUUAAUGUUUUGUAAAGAAAGUUCUUACCAUUUUUCGUUUUGUAAAGAAAGUUCUUGCGUUUUAUGAUUUAUCACCUAUCUUUUGUUUUAUAGUUUAAAAAUUUAGUUUUAUUUUGCUAAUUUUUACCUUAAUUUCUAUUUUGUUACCUAAUUUUCAUUCCCAGACGCAUUUAUCCGGCUUUUUCCGCACGUUAAACGGCCAAGUCACCAACCUAGAACGUUAUAUGCCUUUGCUAGCCAAAAAGCUGGGCAUAACCUCUCUGCCCAUCCUACCCACCACCACCGAUCGACCUUCACGUCCUUCCCAAAAGCCUACACAAUCCCUACGCUCCUAUCACACUCGACCCUCCCCACCGGAACGACCAUUCACGGUGCGUGGUACCAAAAUCUGUUGGGAUUGUACCACCGUGACCAUGCAGUUGGUCACACCCACGCCCAUGAACAAACGCAAGACCAAGAUUGUGAAGAAGAACAAGAUACGAAGUAAUCAGGUGACAAGACGUACUGGGGAUUACAGUACGGAGGAUUACGGUACCACACGCACCACUAAGGACGUUUGGGCCAGUAUGCAAGUUACGACCAAAGACCAUUGGAAGCAAUUCACGGUGGGAACAAGGGCUACCACCGAGCGGUCGGACACACCGGAUCGUAUGAGGAAGAACGCCCGAGGGCUUGUUAAAAUUGAAAAUGGCGGCGAGAUCAAAGAGAAACGGCCAAAAAUUACGCAAAACGGUCGAAUUUCCAAGCCCUAUCGACCGGACCAAAACAAUAAUAACAUUGACUCAACCAACAGUCAACUAGGCUCAUCUACCAGCCAAUUUGGUACUCAUGUUACACCUGUGGAACCUCAAAAUGGUCGUCAAAUUUCAAAAACUGGCCAAAUUUCAUCGAAAAAGGACCGUUUUGUCCCACAAAAUGGUCGCAAUUCUCGUCCAAACAGUACCAAAAGUACCAAAAUUGAUAAACAGGUAACUGAAGAUAUGGACAACACCCCUAUCAACACAAAAGUUGAUAUCAACAGCAAUGAGUACACUAAAUUGAGCAUUUCCGGCCAAAGCCUCGGUACCGGACGGCCGGAUAUGGUACUAGAAUCGAUCAGAUCCCAAAAAGGGCCACUAAACAAGAACAAUAUGAGAGAGAUUAUGUCACUAGGACCCAUGGAGAUGCUAAAUAAGGCUAAGAACGGAUGGACUCAUAAAGAGAAUCGACCGAAAAUCGACUGCCCGGAAAGCAAUGUCAGCCCUAUUGAAGUCGCCAUUGUUUGGGUAGGUUAAAGGUCAUUUUAAGGUUUAAAUUGAAAUUAAAAAAUGCGUUUUUGAAUUAAAAAUACUAAUAUUAUGCUUGUUGUGCUGAGAAUUCGUUGUAAAAUACGUGUCUUGAUCAAAUAGUGCAAAAAAUCAAAAUUUUUUUAAAGGUCUAUAACAAUAUUUCAAAAGCCGAUUGAAAAAAAUUAAUGAAGAUACAACUAAACGUUUUGACAAAACGAUUGAAUAUGAUGUGAACUAACAUAAAAAUACCCUUUUCAGUAAACUAUGUGGUUUGAAGUGAAGUUAUGAAGAAAAAACGACCUGAACACCUACUACAAUAUCAUGGAUAAGUUGUGUUAGACGUUUUGAAUGUUUUUGGUGAAAACUUCGAGCUUUUGUUGUUACUAACGUUUGCUUAUGAUAAUGUUUUCAAUUUGGCACUAAUUUUAUGUUUUUUGCACUUUUCAUUUUUGUAAAAUACGAGCUGUAUCAGUACAAAACCAUGUUGUUGAGUUCAAAAUAAAAAAUGCCAUUUCUUUUCAUGUCUUUCCCCUUAAUAUCUGUCACAAUCUGAAUAGAAAACAUCAUGGUUACUAGGCGGUGAGUUUUGACCUGGGAGGCGGGGUAAAAUCAAAAAAAAUUUGAAAAAUCGACAGGGGGGACAAAGUGCAAAUUUUCAAAAAAAAAUUUUUUUCUGAAAAAACAAGCCCUUUCCUACCGCCCGGCUAUAAUCAUCUUGUCCUAUGUCUGCUGUAAUGCGUGCAGUUUAAUAACAGUGUGAUUUUAGAUCGUUAACCAGUUCAAACACCGCAGUAAUGUAAGUUUUUUGAUGUGAAACGUGUGUUUUAACCGGAAAAUAAGCAAAAUAUAGUCACAUAAGACUCAAUUAUAAGUUUGAAAUUGAGUCAAAAGUUCUUGGAUACAAUAUUUUUUCAAAAAUUAAAAAAAAAAUUUUUUAUUUUUAAAAAAUUUUAAAAUUUUGAAAUUUGGUACUAAUUUUACGGUACCAUACUAUAAUAAUACUAAAAUCCAACAUAUUACUGCCCAAGGACUAUAAAAUGUAUUUUAGGCCAGUACAGAGUUAAUAGAAGCCAUAAAAGAAGCCCUGGCCAAGUUCCGUAGCACCUUAUCAGCACGCCAAAUGGCUCCAGAGGAAGGUCACGCUGACAUCGCGGACCUUGGCCGUGAAUUGGAAAGCACUUGGACUCAACUUAAGGACAGUAAGUUAUUUUAUACAUUGUAAAGAAAGUUCUUGCCAUUUUUUGGUCUGUAAAGAAAAUUCUUGCAAUGUCUUGUUUUGUAAAGAAAGUUCUUGCCAUUUUUAGUUUUGUAAAGAAAGUUCUUGCAACUUUUUGUUUUGUGAAGAAAGUUCUUGCCAUUUUUUGUCAAACAAGCUAAUUUUGACUCCUGCAGCCUGCGGGUGACAAGUUAUACGCUACAUUUGUUUCCAGGCGGAUUCCUAGAACGAGCUGUAGCCGAACUUGCCCUCUCUGAUAGUCAAGUCCCUGGUCAUGAUGGUACUGUUGAUACUGACGCGGCGGCCAGAAAAAUCGAUGAGCUAUGGCGUGAAGCCAUGCUGGCUUCAGCUAUUGGCUUCAGUGAGCCGGAUCCUAUGAAUCGGCCAAUGUAUGAUGAUAUUCGGGGCCAUCAAAGGGGCAAUGUGGUAUGUUUGCGAAGGAAUUAG